UCUCUCAUUCAUUUCUUAGUUUAAGCCAUUCUUUGGCAGCCACUCGUUCACCAUGCGUUUGUCCUCAUUCCUCCUCGCGGCAUGUGCCUCGAGUGCAUUCGGGCAGUUCCACCAGAAUUUCAAGAGAUUUACGAACACUAGUAUUCCUGCCACUACGACUUCUUCCUCUGUUCCUAGUUCACUUGAUACGAGUGCUACUACGACUGGUAGCUCUGCUCCGUCUACUGCGCCUGUCUCUCUUGGAACGGCCCAGCUUGGUGCAGGUGCUAGUUACACUACUGCACUUGAUGGUUCAGCAGCAGUCUCUCUCUUCAUCCGAAAUGGAGUCGCUACUUUCAGACUCGUGCCAUUCCUGGCCGCCUUCGCAGGCCUUCGUGUCUUUGUCAUCUUCAGUAUCCUCGUUAGGCCUCCUCCCGCAGGCCGUAAGCGUCAAGCGUUUGAAGGAUGCAGCCUCGAAGUUCGGGUGGAUGGCCAAAGCAUCUACAACCAAGUAAUGACCGACACGGGCGGAUCAGAGGUUGGACAGAGAAGCAACCCCGUCAGGCUUAACGCCGAAGGUCGCCCUGAUAUCCAAUACUUCCUGACUUGUGGCUCUGAUGCUGUUGAGGUUGUUGUUUCUCAUCUCUCUAUUGAUCAAGCUGGCGAAGAUGCAGAGACCACACCUAUUGCGCCUAUCCCAACGGGUACUGAGACGCCAGGUGUUACUGACACUAACUCUGAAGGUGCUACAACAAACUCCGAGGGCGAGACUGUUAUACCUUCCAACACUGCUACCCUUCCUAGUACUAACUCUGAAGGAUUUACUACCAAUUCUGAGGGAGAGACCGUUAUUCCUUCCACCACUGUUGCCCUUCCUGGUACUAACUCUGAAGGAUCUACUACCAAUUCUGAGGGAGAGACUGUUAUUCCUUCCACCACUGUUGCCCUUCCUGGUACUAACUCUGAAGGAUUUACUACCAAUUCUGAGGGAGAGACGACUAUCUUCCCCACUGGAACCGCAACUGGCACUCAGGAUCAAUCUUCCGCUCCAACUGCUACCUCUCCCGCUGGCUUCCCUGACUUCAUUGAUGCUUUCACCCUCUUUGGCUGUGUCGGAUCUACUGAUGGCUUCCCUACUUUCGAGCUUGCUCAAUCUGACGCCUCUAUGGAUCUGGAUCAGUGCUCUACUCUCUGCCAAGGUCGAGCCUACUUUGGUGUCUAUGACACGCAAGUCUUAUAUUCCCUUUCUGAUGACUGCUACUGUGGUGAUGAGAUUGACGGCGACGAAACCGCCCGUGUUGAGCUGGAUUCCUGCGACAUUGAGUGCCCCGGUGAUGACUCUCAGUUCUGCGGUGGCGAUUCUCGUCGUGGCAGGAUGCACCGUCGCCAGGCCGUUCCUUCUGAUCGCCUUCUCACGGUUUAUGUUGCUGCUGGCGCUCAAACUGAUGUUGUCACCAACGAAGUCACUCGAACCGUCACUGAUCAGUCAACUUUCGUCACUACUUUCACCACUACAGUUGCUGGACCUGUCACUACCGCUACCGAGCGCGUAGUAUACAUCUUUGUUGAGGCCGACUGCAGCGACUGUGACGGCCAGUGGGUCUAUGUCCCUAAAGUUUGUGACUGCCAGGGCGGUUUCCAAUAUGUGCCCUACUUCUGCUUUGCAGGCAGCUGCUCUGGAAAGACUGUGUACAAGUCUCAGGAAUGCCACGAUUGGUGGAACCACAAGAACUUCUAUGUCCCAACAGACUGCGAGGAAUGCUCCGAUAGAGAGGUCAUUUACAAGCCUUGGGACAAUUCUUGGGGUACACCUGAGAACUGCAAACCCGAGGAGAUUCCUGCCUGUGAGGGACCCAAGUGCCCUCCUGUCUACCCUAACAACAACAAGGGCCAGAACGGAGGUGGUAGCAGUGAUCACGGUGGCAGCUCCCAACCUGGCACGCACCAUGGAGGUUCCAACAGUGGUUCAAACGGUGGCUCCAGCUCUGACGAUCAGAGCAAGGGCUCGAACGACAAUAGUUCAAAGGGCGAUGGCCCCGGGUGCAUUGGAGAUGGCUGCACCGGACCCUACGGCGGUGAAUCCAACUCCAAGCCUAAUGGUUCCCAUGAGUCCAACGGCGGUGACUCCCACGGUGAGCCCGCACCUGGCAGCAAGCCCACUGGCCCGUCUAUGGAAAGCGGCUCUCACGGUGAGCCCGCACCUGGCGGCGAGCCUACUGGCGCUCCCAUGGUUGUUAGCGGCGCCGGCAAGCAGGUUGCUAGUUUUUUUGCUCUUCUGGCUGCCCUCGCCCCUGCCCUUCUCUAG